CCACACCCAUGCCGGGCAUUGUUCAUGCACGCUCGCGAGUGCUUGUGCCCUCUCUGAGACUGCACCGUCGUAGUUAGACCGCGUGACGUCGGUCUUUUGGACGUAUGAAACCCCUACACGAAUCAGAUUCCUGUUCCUUGUUUCCUUCUCUACGUUUCCCUUCUUCACUCAUCGUCCUCCACAGUAUCUACCCUGAUCAUUGAGGUGCCCACCACUCCCAUACAUCCCAAUCCCACUCUUCCUUUCCCUCCUUUUAUUCUCCCUCGCCCUCCUUUCUUUCUCUGGGACAGCAAACGGCUAAGAUGAAGCUACUGGGUUGGAUGCACCGCAAGUUUCGGCAGAACAGCGGCGAUGUGUUAAAGGACUAUGGCAGCGGCGGCACGUGCAAUUGCCUCUCCGGACGUCCGUCUCUGGGCGAGGACCUCCACCGCCGCCGCCGCAGCCAAUACGAACCCUUCAAGGCAAGGAGCCUCCGCCUGGAGGUGGAGGAGCUUAUCGACGGCGGGAACGAUGGCGGCGGGAAUGCGGCGAUGGAGGAGUUGCUCGGGGGACUCCUCACUAUCGGAACUUUAGGGUCCGGAACGGGGCCGAUCGAGGACAAGGAGGAGGAGGAGGAGGAAGAGGAGAAUGAGGCGGGAAGCGAGGACGAUGAGAAACAGUUGACAGUGUCGGCGGAGGAGGAGGAGGUAGUCGUAACCCCGGCGGCGCUGGAGGCGAUCGCGGAGAAAGAGGCGGAGUCGACUACGGAGACGGACCUGCUGGUGGUGAGCGCAGAGCUGGAGAAGGUGCUGACGGCAGAGGCGGAGAAGGGCGGUGGCCGGAUAUCCUCCGCCCGUUCUAGCUACGCCGGGUCGGCGGCGUGCCCGCUCCAGGGGUUCUUGUUCGGGUCGCCAAUCGAGGUGGCGGAGACGAUGGCGACGGCGGCGGACGCGCGGAAGGAGAGGCGGGCCUCGCUGGGGGAGCUGUUCAUGAUAAGCCGGAUCACGGAGGAGGAAGCCGGCGGCGGCGGAACUGCAGAUCAUGUCAAGCUCACCGGAGGCCACGAUGAGGACGGGAAAUCGACGGCUGAGAUAUGCCUGAUGAAGAAGAAGAUGACUAAACGCCGCGGCGGUAAGGGAUCGGACGGUGGCGGUCCAUCGAAUGGUUCAACGGUGGAGACGAAGUUCCAAAAGAUCCUUCAGUUCUUUCACAAAAAGGUUCACCCCGAGAGCAGCAUCAUGAGUAAGAAACCUUCCAAGACCGGCAAGAACGAGAAGAAAGAGUACGCGCAUCCGGUUAGAGGCAGUGAACCCGCCGGCACCGACGGCUGCACGGCGACCUCCGCGAAAGUUGGCCCGUGCAGGAAAGAACACAUUCCAGACCUCAACUUCUGCGACAACCCUCCGGCCCAUGCUUUCGGUGGUGAUGACUCCAACGGCAGUCGGGAGCAUUGGAUUAAGACGGAUGCAGACUAUUUGGUGCUAGAGCUAUAGAAGGAGAGGAGUAAUCUUUGAGUUCAUGGAUCCAAAAAGAAGUGAAGGAUGUGUCUGUCUGUCUGGUAGCAGAGGGUCUGUGUCAAAUCAAAUCAUACAAAACUUUUUUAAGGGUGUGCGGUGGUGUCUUCUGAUGUGACUAAAAAUAACGAAACAGUAGUAGCAGCCUAUGUGAAAGUUAUUUAUACUUCUAUUAUCUACUCCUUAUUUGUACUGUGUUUGUGUGUUGGAUUGAAUAGACUACUCCUAAGUUAAAAGUUCCAUACAAGAAUGGCUCCCAUGCUUUUUUUGCUUUCUGUCGUCAGAUUCUCUUCCUACUGCUGUUUUCAUGCAGCCAUCAAGUUUUAUAUGUGUAAUAUCUUUGCAAAGAAUGGAAAGAGAGGUAGCAGCAGCUGUGAGAUGUUGUGGAGGAAACAGUUUCUUUCUGCAACUUUGAUCUAAAGGAUGUAGGGAUUAGUAAUGCAUUAAAUAUAGGGUGACAAUUUAAAUGAUAGUGGCAAAAAUGGCAACGCGUCAUGUCAGCACACCAGGUAGACACACUGCCCGAGGAGGCAAGCACUGACGCAGACUCGACAUUUGCCGACGUCACCCGCCCUCAGCCAACCACCUCAGCUUUGACCUCGUGCGCUCGAUCGAGGCACAGGAGCACAUCGACCGAGGCUCGCCCAUACCUUGCGGCAGCCCGGUUCUCCACGCGACCCCAGUGGCAAUGUCAGACGCCACGUGCGGUAUUGUCCUGCCCCUGCAAACGGGCACGUCAGGUAACACCCAAGCUCAUCUAUAAAUACCCCCAAGUCCCAAACAAAAGGGAGACGACACACUCAACACACGGAGGUUUCUCCUCCUCCUAAACCCCCUCCACAUCUUUCUCUAACUUGAUCGUCGGAGGGGUCGGGCCGAGCCCCCGGCCCAACCUGUGUGCAGGUGCGAGACGGAGUCGCCUCUUCUCGGCGCUGUGGCGGAGCUUCCUCCUGACCCGAACCGCCGACCUGCCGACCCGAACGACCGAUCCCGAACCACGGAUCCCGACCGCAGGGAGACCCCGAGGGACGUCGCCCGAGAUCCCCGACAUCCGGACCCCAGAACCGAGCCGCGUCGGCCCCGAGGCCACGGCUUAAAAAAGUUACUUACCAUAACAGAUUGGCGCUAGAAGGAGGGCCCGAAUGUCAAGGGAUCCUCAAACUAAUCCCGACGAACUCCCUAUCGAGGGAUCGUUCUUAGCAGGGGCGCAGACCGUGCGUGACGGGCCGCGGGCUGACGACCUCCCCGCAACCUCGGAACGCUACUGGGGUUCAUUCGACAACCCGGACCUGCUUCCGCCCGAGGGCGCUCCGAGCGUCCCCUCGCCGAUGUCAUCCGAGGCCUUUCACGACCUCGCCCGUCAGGUCCGAGCUCUGACGGAUUUGGUGCAAACCAUCAUCCCGCUCAUCUCCCAACCGACACCCCCACUCAUGACUCAGCAGCUAUGGCAACAAGAGCCGCUCGCUCGGGCCCACAUGAUGCUUCUGGAGCCUUCCACCUCUCCUCGGGUCAGACCGACCCCACUCGGGGAUCCAGCAAGGACAAACCCGAGCGGCCACCCGGAGCCCGAGGUGUUAUCUUCGGAAUCAACAGACUCCCUGCGAGCCUAGCUAUGUCUUCUCAGUCAGCGGCUCGACGAACUGGAGAGGGAGUUUCGCAACUCAGAGGGAGAGCUUGGGGUGGACUCACACCGAGGAUCUCCAUUCGCACCAGAGAUACGAGAUCUCGUCGUUCCCCCGAACUUCUAGCUCCCUUCUCUGGACGCAUACGACGACGCCACUGACCCAGCAGAUCAUGUCGCCGCUUUCCGUGCCCAAUUGGCGCUGCAUGGAACGUCUGACGCUUUAAUGUGCAGGGCGUUUCCCACAACUCUCAGGGGUCCAGCCCGCACGUGGUACGCCGGCCUGAAGACUGGAACAAUCAGUUCCUUCGACCAACUCGCCAAGGACUUCGAGCUCCACUUCGCGGCCCAUGCCCGACCGAGGCCCUCCGGGACACUACUCCUCGGACUCAAACAA